UCCCCAACUUCGCGUUUCCAGACCCUGGCGAAGAAGGCCAACGGACACCGAACAACCCAAAAAAUUCAAACAAAACACCCAACUCUCAUUCCUCACGACUACCCUCGUCGCCUCACACGUACAUGCAGUCUUAGCUGACUUUGAACACACCCGCUGCGCCUCUGACCUCCCAUCUUUCACCUCGGGCCAGGUUGCCAUCCACACAAGAUGGGGGACACCACCCUUCACAACGCGCCGAUCGUGCUUGACAACGGUUCAGGCACCAUUCGCGCGGGUUUCGCUGGCGAGGAUCUUCCCAAAUGUUUCUUCCCGUCCUUUGUUGGGAGGCCGAAGCACCUGCGCGUGCUGGCGGGCGCACUGGAGGGGGACGUGUUCAUCGGGACGCGGGCACAGGAGUUGCGCGGGCUGCUGAAGAUCCGGUAUCCGCUGGAGCACGGCAUCGUGACGGACUGGGAUGACAUGGUGAAGAUCUGGGAAUGGGUUUACGGGGACGGCCUAAAAACACUAAGUGAAGAUCAUCCAGUGCUCCUGACAGAGCCACCGCUCAACCCAAGAAGUAACCGCGACACAGCCGCCCAGAUUCUUUUCGAGACCUUCAAUGUCCCCGCUCUACAUACCUCGAUCCAGGCAGUGCUCUCGCUGUACGCGUCCGGGCGCACGACAGGCAUCGUUCUCGACUCUGGCGACGGAGUCUCACACGCCGUGCCCGUGUACGAGGGGUUCGCAAUGCCAAGCGCGAUUCGGCGUAUCGAUGUCGCGGGUCGCGACGUCACGGAGCAUAUGCAAAUGUUGUUAAGGAAGGGGGGCCAUGUGUUCCACACCAGUGCCGAGAAGGAGGUUGUGCGGUUGAUCAAGGAGAAGCUAAGCUAUGUGUCGCUGGACCCAAAGGACGAGGAGAGGGGCUGGGGUGUGAGGAAGACUACGGACAAUAUGAUGGUCGACUACGUGCUGCCGGAUGGGAAUAAAUUGAAGGUCGGAGCUGAGCGCUUCCGCGCCCCCGAAAUCCUCUUCAACCCCGAGAUUAUCGGGCUCGAGUACCCUGGUGUGCACCAGAUCGUCGUCGACUCCAUAAACCGCACCGAUCUCGACCUGCGCAAGUCGCUAUUCGGCAACAUUGUGCUCUCGGGCGGCACCACGAUGACCAAGGGGUUCGGUGACCGCCUGCUCUUCGAGGUCCAGCGCCUCGCCGUCAAGGAUAUGCGGAUCAAGAUCUUUGCGCCGCCGGAGCGGAAGUACUCUACGUGGAUUGGAGGCAGUAUUUUGGCGGGGCUGAGCACGUUUAGGAAGAUGUGGGUGAGCAUUAACGACUGGCAUGAGAAUCCGGACAUCAUCCACACCAAGUUUGCGUAGAUGAAUGGAUGGGCGGCGGAUCGUCCAACCAGUAUCUAGGUGUAUGGGAAAAUGAGAGAAGGGCGGCGCGCAAGCGGCUGAAACGCGUAUAAUUUGUCUUCUUGCAAUGUCCCGCCGUAUUAACCAACCUACUAGCAUGCGUGGCUACUAUGCGGCAGCUACUCGACUACCGAGAUGAAGGAGAGGGGUAGGGAAUGGGGUUAUGCGUAGUAUUAAACGGCGUGUAAGGGCGUAAGUAGAGCAGUCCUGUCGCCACAGUUGGCGGAGAGAACUGGAGAGAAAGGCAAGCGGCAAGAUGUAGUGUAGUGAGGAAUGUACAUGAUACCCAGUUAGCCAGGAGAACCUUACUCGAACG